ACAAACAAAAAGUAACGGUACUGCCAACAUAAAUCUCCGAUCUCUUAUCAUUUUUCCAAAUUAAGAAUUUUUAUGAAAAUUUCUAUUUUUUAAAAUUAAUUAAACAAAAAUAACAAAACAUGGGAGACCAGUUUGAUUGUGCUUUGGACUUAAUGAGGAGGUUACCUCCUCAGCAAAUUGAAAAAAACUUAAGUGAUCUCAUUGAUUUAGUUCCCAGUCUAUGUGAAGAUCUACUAUCAUCUGUGGAUCAGCCAUUAAAAAUUGCAAAAGAUAAAGAAACUGGGAAAGAUUAUCUACUUUGUGACUAUAAUAGAGAUGGGGAUUCCUAUAGGUCACCAUGGUCCAAUACAUACUACCCACCCCUAGAAGAUGGUUCAAUGCCAUCUGAGAAGUUAAGAAAAUUAGAACUAGAUGCCAAUCUUGCAUUUGAUCAAUACAGGGAAAUGUAUUUUGAAGGAGGUGUAUCCUCUGUUUAUUUUUGGGAUUUAGACCAUGGAUUUGCAGGAGUCAUUCUAAUUAAAAAGACUGGAGAUGGUAGUAAAAAGAUUAAAGGAUGUUGGGAUUCUUUACAUGUAGUAGAAGUACAAGAGAAGAGUUCGGGAAGAAACUCCCAUUAUAAAAUGACUUCAACUGCUAUGUUAUGGCUUCAAACUAAUAAACAGGGAUCUGGAACUAUGAACUUGGGGGGAAGUCUAACUCGGCAGAUCGAACAAGAUGCAGCUGUAAAUGAUAUCAACCCUCACAUAGCCAACAUUGGAAGAAUGGUAGAAGAUAUGGAAAACAAAAUUCGCAAUACAUUGAACGAAAUUUACUUCAGCAAAACAAAGGACAUCGUCAACAGUCUGCGAUCAGUUCAACCGCUGACCGAAAGCCGCCAACAGCAGGCACUUAAGCAAGAUCUCGCGGCGGCCCUUCAGCGUAGACAAAACAAAACUGAGAACUGAUUAGUUUGUGUAGCAAGAAAUUUUUCGAGUAUCGGUGAGAUCGGCGAAUCAGAUUAAGUUAUUACUAUCGAGACUGUUCACAGUCCUGUGUCUUUAACAUAAACGCAAACAGGGUGUCUAUAGAUGUGUUUGUAGAAUACAUUGAAUUGUAAUGUUGAAGUAAAGUAAUAAAGUUGUUUAUAUUUACUCCAAUAUUAAAAAAUACAUUUGGUACAAGAAUGUUUAUUUUUGACCAUUUCGACUUGCACAUAUUGUCGCGUUACUCCUAAUGAUAUUAAUUCAAUAUCAUGAAAAUGGGCGUGUAGUAAAAAAUUGAGGCCACUUUAAAAGUUAAACAUUCACAUUUUUAAAUGCUUUUACAUUUUGUACAUUUAUUAAAUAAAGGAACAUGAUUAAAUCCUAGAUUCAGUAUGUAUAUAUUUAUUUAUAAGUUUAAUACUAAAUACAAACUUUCUCUUUAGCUACAUUUGGGUUUACGCUGUGCAAAAAUAUAUGUAUUAUACACUUUUUGGAGAAGUUUACAUAAGUUUUUUUUAUACCUGAAGUAAUAUGUGCGUUUGAGAUUUUUUGGGUCUAUGUUUACCUGACUGUCCAGGUUAAAUUGUAGGUGUUGUAUAUCUGUGUACACUUGAUGUUUGCUACUCUCAAAAUUGGUGUCACAUAUUAAGAAUAAGAUGAUGAUAUUUCUUUAUCUCUAGUUGAUAUUAUUAGAUUGACUAUUUGGUUUCUGACUGUGUCUUCUGUAUCUGGGACUGGCUAGUUCGAAAAAAAUUCAACCAUUUUGUUUUCCUCCAAUCCGAACUUUGUAACCAAAUUAUCUCCCUUUCCUUCAAUUUUAGCAUUCAAAUCACUCAUUAGUAUUGUGAUGGCUUUCUCUUAGAUAAAUUUAAAUGGCGUUUGAAUGAUAUAAUGAUGAUGUUUGUCAUAAUAAUGAAAGAUUAUACUACAGGAAACAAAAUCAUCUAUUGAUUUUUAACUUUAUUAAAUACAUAAGAUUUCUUGAUGUGCAUUCAUAUAUUUGCAUUUAUAUUUUUUAUAACAUAAAGUUGUACACAAAUAGAGAAUAUAAAAUACCCAAUUCUUUUAAUACUUUCAGAUUUUAAUUGUUUUAUUAAAUAUUUGUUAUCACUCUAUAUUUCUUGGCCUAAUAGUUUAGUGUACCACGAAAAAUCAAAUGCAAUAAUUGUUGUCCCAAAUCCAACAAUUAAAAUGUAAAUAAAAAAUAUAUUGAUCAAUUAUAUCAAAUCCCAGAUUAGCGCCCUUAAUAAAAAAGCUUUGCAUCAAUCGCAGUUUUCUACACCGUUUGCACCGACACCCUGUAUUGUUUUAGGCUUGUAACAUAUCGCUUUAGAACAUCUAAAGAUUUUAAUUAUUGUGUAAAAACGAUAUGGUACACGUUCCCAUUUACCUGAGCUGAGGUUCUAUUUACAGUAUUUUAUAAUUAACUUUACCGAUGAAUUCCACAAGAUAAAACAUUUUCAAACGAUUAUAUAAGUAAAUUUUUCAUAAUUUUUUAAUACUGAACUGGCUAUCUUAUCUUUCAAUUAUUUUUAUGGUGUAAAUAUCUUAUUUUGUACAGAAUCACCACAAACUCUCUUAAAAAAACAUUUGCUACAGGGGGCUAUUAUAAAUUCUAAUGGCGAACCUUUCCAAUCUAUAAUUUAAAUUAAUAAUGUUUUGUGAUAGAACAUUUUACUUCACUGCCUAUUUAUUGGUGAUUGUAGAGUGGACUGUAUUAUUUAUUAAUUUAAAUUUCUUGGUUAAACGUUAUUAACUUUUAUGUAUUAUUAACUGUAUGUUUCUUCGCUUAGCUUCAGGAGCGCUUCCUUUCGGUGAAUGCGCGCUCACCUUGUCCGUACUUAAUUUCUGAACACUGCCUUAACACACGUGGCAUAGUUAUGAAGAAGUAGAAAUAAAAAAAAACAAAAUACAAUCAUAAAUUAAGCACAAAAACAAGCGUAAAGUGUCUAAUAGCUAAGUUCCUAAAACUUCGAACAAUAAUUACAUUUUUAUUUCGAUAAGGAGAGAGCUUGUGCAACAUUCUGCAUUUAAUAUUGAAAGAUAAUAUUAUUAUGAUACUUUAUUUUGUAUUGUGGAAUCAGACCAAUCACCUUAUGUCUUAUUUUAAAUAAAGUUUGUUGGUAACAUUUUUAUUACUGAAAGAAUGUAAAUUGUGUUGCUUGUAAUUUGGCAAAAUCUUCGCUUUUGCAUAUCUCUUCCUUAUCCUUUCUUUGAUUUAUUGGAAAUUAUAUGAAAUUCUGACUUGUUGAUAAUUAUUUUAUUUAUAUCUUCCUCUAAUCUAAAUUUACAUUUGAGUAUAUUAUUUGUAUGAAGCUCAAUGUUUUCCCCUUGUUAUUAUGUAAAUUUCUAUUAAAAAUACAUUUUAUAUAUA